AUGGUAGAUGCUAAAAACAUAAUCAUAAUUGGUAAAACGGGGAGUGGCAAAUCAGCAUUAGCGAAUGUAUUAAGCAGAACUGAUGAAUUUAAAGAAGACAACACGGUCGGCUUAGGGGAUAAAAGGCUAAUCAAAAAUGAACUAUUAGAAAAAUUUGAAGAAGAAAUCGGCAUUUAUAUUGAGGAGGGAAUAAGUCAAAUUUUUUUUGUAAUUGGUGAAAAAAUGGAUCAAGAAGUUUUAACUGAAUUUCUUUGGCUAAAUGAUUUUCUUUUUGAUAAUAAAGCAUUUGAUUAUACUACUGUUGUCAGAACCAACUUCACUGAUUUUAGAAAUAAAGAUAAGCGUGAGGAGGAUAUAAGCGAUUCAGUCAAUUUUUUUAGUGAUAAUAAGGAAGGUUAUGAAGAAAUUAACAACAAAGUCCUUAAAAAAGGAAAAAUCAUUCAUGUAAAUAAUCCACCAAUUAGUGAUGAAAACUAUCCCCUCAGUGAAAGAAAAAAUAAAACUGUAUUAAAUGUCAGUGGUCAAGAAUUAAAAGGAACUCUGAGACUGAAAGGUUUUAUUAAUUUAAAAAGAUUAAACUGUGCUGAUAACCAACUAACUAAUUUGGAUUUGAGCGAUUGUCCUAAUUUGAUUGAGAUUGACUUCUCUAAUAAUGAACUAACCAAUUUAAAUUUUCUCAAAUCGGUCGACAAGGUAGAGCAUUUGAAUGUUAGCAAUUGCCCCCUAAAAGGAAACCUAAAAUUUUUAGCAACUCUAACUAAUUUAGAGGUAUUGCUUAUUACUAAUACUAGCCUUGAUGAUAAGGGGUUGGAACAUUUACCAACUAGUUGUAAAAAACUUAUCUGCAAUUCCAAUCCUCCAACUAAAAUCAUGGAGGAAUUAAGCAAAUACUUUUUGUUAUCAGAAGUAACAUCAAAAAAUUCGUUAGCAAAUGAAGUAAAGAAGUUGAACCUAGUUGCAGGGCGAGGUCUGGUUGGCAUAAGUGGUAUUCUUGGUGUCAGUGGUAGUUUAGUUUUUGAGGGUCGCCGAAUAGGAGCAGUAGCAGUUGCUUCACCAUUAUUAGGAAUUCUGAAAAAAAUUACAACUGGUAAGUUGGGAGAAAUAAAUAAAAAACUUAAAGAAUUGAAAAUAAAGGUCAAAGCAUUUUUAAAAAAAUAUGAUGGGGAUGGUAAUGGAACAAUUGAUGUUUCAGAGUUAACAAAAUUAGAAGCAGAAUUAAUUAAUUAUCGACAAAAUUCUUCCUUAAUGGAAGCAGAUGAGGAAGCAAUGGAGGAAAAUCAAGAGGCAAAUCAGACAGCAAAAGAAACCCAAAUAAACAUAGAUAGUUUUCAAGAAAAGGAUUCUAUUCAAGCCUUGGUUCAAAUUUCUUCUAAAUAG